AACCGUGUGCUGUGCUGAGUGGGAGCGUGGUUGCUCGAUACUCCUUCUCGGAGACCCGAGAAGAGAGGUCAAGCCUAGGAUCGCGGGGAGGGAAGCCAUAGGCGCGUUGAUGGUGGAUAGGGAUUGUGCACCAUGGCUACUCUGAGAUUCACGACCGGUGUAAAAAGGUUUAUACCUCUGAUAGGUUAUCAUCAUGUGUUGAUGAUAUUCAUUGCACUUUCUAUUAUUCUUCUCUCUCUCUUGUUGGCAGGCUGUUCAUCGUCUUCUCCACAAAUACCAAGCAUCUUCCUGAUAUCGCUCUACUACGAGAAAUAUGAACCAAACUUUAACCCCGCUCAGGUAGACCCUGGUGUCACAACCGCGAUAGCAAACAUCGUCGGGGGAGCGGAGCUUGAAGUUCGGGUGGGCUAUUUUGGCAUCUGUAUCCAGCCUGAUGGAGGAUCAUGGAUUUGCAACAACAACGCCACAGCUCUAGCGGAAAUUGUCACGGUGGAUCAGGAUCCUUUGAACUUGAUCUGGGUUUCAUCCACAUUCAAAGACGCGGUUGUCUUCCCCUAUCUGAUAAUUGUUGCUAUCGUACUCGCCUUUUUCUGCUUUAUUCUGCUCGCGACAUUCCCAGGAUGGCAUGAAGAAACAGACGCCACUGGUUCGGAACGGGAAGUGAAACCGUUCCCUUCGCGUCCAGUAUCACAAGCCGCUCUGGCGCUGAUUUUCGUAUCUUCCGUAUUCGUUCUGGUAUCAGUGUUGUGGCAACACACGGCCUCAGUGGCCGCCAGUACGAUCGCACAAGACAUGGGCAACGGCAGCGUCAAGAGUGGCGUAGGCACCUCAGCAAUGGUGCUCGGUUGGUUCGGUUUCGGAUUCCUAGUAGUCGUCACAAUCGGACUGCUGGUCAUGAUUCUGAGCAUCAGCCUACUACGAGAAUUAACGGACGACGUGGAUUGAAACAUAUGAUGGACGGGAAACGAAAUUAAUGCUGAUCGACGACAUAAUCUGACUACUUAAGGGACGGGUAUUUGACUUGGGAACUUGUGAAUGGGUUUAUAUGGUCUGAUGGGAUUUACUAGAGACAGGGAGAGAAACCACGACGCUUCGACUACUACCUCUUACGCGUCGCGAACCUCUUCCCGCCUCGAAAUAUGAUUUGAUGGUUUAUGCAUCUUCUUAAUUUUCUAUUUCUUCUUCAUAUGGAGGUUACGUACUUUGGGAUCCACUCACAAAGGGAAUUUGGGGAACAUCUGUACAUUUUUUUUUACGAACGACUGAAAUAUGGGACUGGGUUCGAUCGAGACUUACAAAACUAACUCAUUUGAUCCCCUUUUGUGAUUUCACAUUGUACUACGUAGUAUAUUUUGUUUUUUCGGGAUCGCGUCAUUUCCUGGUGUAUUUUACGAAUAACACAAUGCAAUUACCAAAAAAGCAAGUAACUAGAUAGAU